CCUUCCAGAUGCCUCCAUUUUCAUUCCAUAAGAACACCAUGCCGCCUCCGUGUUUCUGCAAUCUUCUUCCAUUUCACUGCACAAACAUUUGUACGCAACGUUUCGAUAAUCGAGAUCGGAUUUCUCUUUGAUACUGAACAGUUUCUUUUGAAUCAAGUCUCCUACUACCGCAAGGGUUUUGUACAACUGCAUUUCUGUUCUUUGAAUUGAAGAAUUUUUUUCGGAUAUGAAUCCUGAUAAAUUCACCCACAAGACUAAUGAGGCACUCGCCGGAGCUCACGAGUUAGCUUUGAAUUCUGGCCAUGCGCAACUGACACCGCUUCAUUUGGCGGUUGCUUUGAUUUCUGAUCCGAGUGGGAUUUUCAGCCAAGCGAUUUCUAGUUCCGGUGGUGAAAAUGCCCAAAAAGAAGUGGAGACGGUCUUCAAUCGAGCAUUGAAGAAGCUUCCAUCUCAAUCCCCUGCACCGGAUGAAGUGCCGGCGAGUACAACUCUGAUUAAGGUAAUUCGAAGGGCACAAGCGGCACAAAAAUCGCGAGGGGACACGCAUUUAGCUGUCGAUCAAUUGGUUCUUGGCCUUCUUGAUGAUUCUCAGAUUGGGGAUUUGCUCAAAGAAGCCGGUGUCACCACGGCGAAAGUUAAAUCCGAGGUCGAGAAACUACGUGGAAAAGAAGGGAAGAAAGUGGAGAGUGCGUCUGGCGAUACAACAUUUCAGGCACUUAAAACAUAUGGGCGAGACCUGGUAGAACAAGCGGGGAAACUCGACCCAGUUAUUGGUAGGGAUGAGGAAAUUCGUAGGGUGGUGAGAAUCUUAUCGAGAAGGACUAAGAACAACCCUGUUCUUAUUGGGGAGCCUGGUGUUGGAAAAACUGCAGUGGUUGAAGGAUUAGCACAAAGAAUUGUAAGAGGGGAUGUUCCAAGUAAUCUUAUUGAUGUGAGGCUCAUAGCUUUGGAUAUGGGUGCUCUGGUUGCGGGAGCUAAGUACAGGGGAGAGUUUGAAGAGAGAUUGAAGGCUGUAUUGAAGGAAGUUGAAGAUGCAGAGGGGAAGGUUAUACUGUUCAUCGAUGAGAUUCAUCUUGUUCUUGGUGCUGGAAGAACAGAGGGGUCAAUGGACGCCGCUAACCUUUUCAAGCCUAUGCUGGCUAGAGGGCAGCUACGUUGUAUUGGGGCCACUACUCUUGAAGAGUACAGGAAGUACGUGGAGAAGGAUGCGGCAUUUGAAAGAAGGUUCCAGCAGGUUUAUGUGGCUGAACCAAGUGUGCCUGAUACUAUCAGCAUCCUUCGAGGACUCAAAGAGAGAUAUGAAGGUCAUCAUGGUGUUAGGAUACAAGAUCGAGCUCUUGUCAUUGCAGCCCAGCUUUCGAGUCGAUAUAUCACUGGGCGACACCUUCCUGAUAAGGCCAUUGAUUUAGUUGAUGAAGCUUGUGCUAAUGUGAGGGUCCAGCUUGAUAGCCAGCCUGAAGAAAUUGACAACUUGGAGAGGAGGCGAAUGCAGCUUGAAGUUGAACUCCAUGCGCUUGAAAAGGAGAAGGAUAAAGCUAGUAAAGCUCGUUUGGUUGAAGUGAGGAGAGAGCUGGAUGAUUUGAGGGAUAAGCUUCAGCCAUUGCUGAUGAAAUAUCGAAAGGAGAAAGAAAGGGUAGAUGAGAUUAGAAGACUGAAGCAGAGGAGGGAGGAACUACAGAUAGCUUUGCAAGAGGCUGAAAGAAGAUAUGAUUUAGCAAGAGCUGCUGACUUGCGAUAUGGAGCAAUCCAGGAAGUAGAAUCUGCUAUAGCACGGAUUGAAGGGAACACUGAUGAGAACCUAAUGUUAACCGAAACCGUCGGACCGGAACAAGUAGCAGAAGUUGUGAGCCGGUGGACUGGAAUUCCUGUCACGAGGCUCGGCCAGAAUGAGAAAGAGAGGCUGGUUGGGCUUGCUGAGAGAUUGCACAAGAGAGUUGUGGGGCAGAAUCAAGCAGUUGAUGCUGUUGCUGAGGCUGUUUUACGGUCAAGAGCUGGAUUGGGAAGGCCACAGCAGCCAACUGGUUCCUUCUUGUUUCUGGGUCCUACUGGUGUUGGCAAAACUGAGCUUGCCAAGGCGCUUGCUGAGCAACUUUUUGAUGAUGAAAACCUCCUGGUGAGAAUUGACAUGUCUGAAUAUAUGGAGCAACACUCGGUUGCGCGCCUCAUCGGUGCUCCUCCUGGGUAUGUUGGCCAUGAAGAAGGAGGGCAACUCACAGAGGCUGUAAGGCGGAGGCCCUACAGUGUUGUGCUGUUUGAUGAAGUGGAGAAAGCUCACAUCUCUGUGUUCAACACCCUUCUCCAAGUUCUAGACGAUGGGAGAUUGACUGAUGGUCAAGGCCGCACUGUGGAUUUCAGAAACACAGUCAUUAUCAUGACCUCUAACCUUGGAGCUGAACAUCUCCUUUCUGGGCUUAUGGGAAAAUGCACAAUGCAAGUUGCUCGUGAUCGAGUUAUGCAAGAGGUGCGGAAACACUUCAGGCCGGAGCUGCUUAAUCGUUUGGAUGAAAUCGUUGUAUUUGACCCUCUCUCGCACGACCAGCUGAGGAAAGUUGCCAGACUGCAGAUGAAAGACGUCGCAGCCCGCCUGGCCGAGAGGGGAAUUGCCUUGGCGGUGACGGAUGCCGCCCUCGACCAUGUCUUGGCAGAGAGCUACGAUCCGGUAUAUGGUGCUAGACCCAUAAGAAGAUGGCUGGAGAGGAAAGUGGUGACAGAGCUAUCGAGAAUGUUGAUCAAAGAAGAAAUCGAUGAGAAUUCGACUGUGUUCAUCGAUGCAGGGGGUGAUGGGGAUAGGUUGACGUACAGAGUGGAGAAGAACGGGGGAUUGGUUGAUGCUCAAACUGGGAAUAAGUCUGAUGUGUUGAUUCAACUCAAGAAUGGCACAAGAAGCGAUGCUGCUGCCCAGACUGUGAAGAAGAUGAAGAUUGAGGAAAUUGAUGAAGAUGAGAUGGAAGAGUAAAAGAGAAGAGUAGAAGUGAUGGGAUCUGUGUGAAAAGAGUGUAUUUGAAUCUCUUCUUCUUCUUGUGUUUUGAUGUAUUUCCCUGUGAAGUUGUUUAAAUAAAUAGAAAAAUUAAAGAAUUUACGGACCAAAUGAAUACGUAAGUGUUACAUAUUUACCUC